GAGGAACUCGUCUCUGACACAGACGUACAUCAGUCACAAGUGGUUCGUCUAUAGCGGACACUGAGACAGUCAAGAUGAAGUUGCUGCUUGUUGUUGCUGCUGUUCUGGCUGUAUCCAGCUGUGCCAGCAUCUCUCUGGAAGAUCUGGAGUUUCAUGCCUGGAAACUCAAGUUUGAUAAGUCAUAUGACUCUGAAUCAGAUGAGGCUCAAAGGAAGCAGAUCUGGCUCAACAACCGCAAACAUGUGCUAGUGCACAACAUCUUGACAGACCAGGGUUUGAAGUCCUACCGCCUUGGGAUGACCCAAUUUGCUGAUAUGGAAAAUGAAGAGUACAAACGGCUGGUUUCUCAGGGCUGCCUUCACUCUUUCAAUUCUUCUCUACCUCGCCGCGGCUCUACCUUCUUCCGACUACGUGAAGGUACUGAUCUACCCGACACUGUUGACUGGAGAGAUAAGGGAUAUGUCACCGAUGUCGAGAAUCAAAUGCAAUGUGGCUCCUGCUGGGCCUUCAGUGCAACUGGCUCACUGGAGGGUCAGCACUUCAGGAAAACAGGAAAGCUGGUGUCUCUGAGUAAGCAGCAGUUGGUCGACUGCUCUGGAGAGUUUGGCAACCAUGGCUGCAAUGGAGGCCUGAUGGAUUCUGCUUUCCAGUACAUCCAAGCAGCUGGAGGGAUUGACACUGAGGAGUCCUACCCUUAUGAGGCCGAGGAUGGAGAUUGCCGUUACAAUCCUAAAUCUACUGGUGCUACAUGCACUGGCUAUGUUGAUGUGCAACCAGCUAAUGAAGAAACCCUGAAAGAAGCUGUGGCUACCAUCGGACCAAUAUCAGUGGCCAUUGAUGCUUCUCGUCUGUCUUUUCAGUUCUAUGAAUCAGGAGUUUAUGAUGAGCCCGACUGCAGCAGCACAAUGUUGGACCAUGCUGUGCUGGCUGUGGGUUAUGGUACUGAAAAUGGACAUGACUACUGGCUGGUCAAGAACAGUGCUGGUGUUGGAUGGGGGGAGAAAGGAUACAUUAAGAUGAGCAGGAACAAAUCCAACCAGUGUGGGAUUGCUAGUGCAGCAAGCUACCCUCUGGUCUGAAGAGGUCGGAAGAAACUCAUCCUCAUUUUUACUUUAUUUUAUUUUUAUUUUUUUGCCAAGUUACGUAACUAAAUGUCAUUUUGUUUACGGUGUCAACAGGCUCUCUUUUUGUUGCAUUAGUGUUUAAUUAAAUAACAUCAUAAAGACUGCAAAUACAUGAAACAUAAAUAAAUAAAUAAACAAAUUGUUUCACAUUGA